AUGUCCACCUCUAUUGCUUUGCAGAAUCUGAGCAUCUCAGAUGCAGACAAUAACACCGUGCGUCACCGAAAAUCUUCCCGAACACACGUGAAGUCUAGGUCUUCUGAGGAUGACGACCCGUGGCUGGACACGCCUCACGAUAGAGAGUUCUCAAGUCGACCACUUGACCCUCGUUCCCUCAAACCCACAGUAGUGUACUGGAUCUCUCCUCAUGCUUUGCUCAGCAAAAAAAUCACAAUCCUUGACUUGACGAAAGACAUGGAAGUGCCAUAUACAGGCAUGACAGCCGAAUACAAAGCCGAGAUCAAAAGGACCAUGAAGGAUCAUUCCUUCGCGCCGGUACUUACCUGCCACCGCCGUACCUGGCUAGGUCUCAAGUACGAAAUCACCGACGACCAGAGCGCACAUGUUGCACAUUGGUCGCAUGCCUGGUCGUCGUUCGGCGAAUCAGUCCUCACAUUUCCAGACGACUCAGCUCAUUCAUCCCAUGCUAUCACCUUGAGUAACAAGCGCUGGGGACUGCGCACUGAAUCGUUCGUUUACAACUCACAGCCGUACGUCUGGCAAAUGGACAGCUUGUGGCACUCGACGAACAUGACGCUCUAUCGGAUCACAGGGAGUGGUGAGCAGCAGAUCAAGACGGAAGUAGCCAAGUACGCGCAGAAGUGGUGGGGUAGUUUUGUAACCGGUGGGACGGUGGUGGUAGACGGUACCGAGAUUGAUGGCGCUGUGGCCUGUUUGACGCUUGUCGUGGUGUUGAAGAAGAAGCGGCAAAGGGCUGCAGAGAGACAUGAAGGAUGA